CUUGAUCUGAUCGUACGCCCUUUUUCCCAAGAAAAAAACUCAAGAGUAGCGAAGGCAGACACGUUCCACCAUUCCAUAUCUUCCAUUCACCAUUAUUCCCGAGCCUUCUGUUGAAAAUCUCAGGCUAGGAAAGAAGAAAAAUUCACAGAAAAGACAAUGAGGAGGGCUAAUUUAAGUGGGUUGGCCGCCAUCUACAGGGCCGCAGCUGUAUCUCCGGCGUCGACCAACUUCGCUGCCCGCCAAUUCGCCCUGUACAGUACCGCCAACAGUUCAAAUUCAUACUCCAAAUUUCGCUGGUUUUUCGGUAACGAUUCUGGGAUUUAUCAGAAAGCUGCCUGUGCCGUGUCUGGGGCGGUGCUUUUCUCUGUGGCGGCUUCGUCGUUAGCAGGGGAGGUACAAGCUAAAGAACCAUUGCCGCCGAAUGUUAGCCCCAAUGACGUCGUUCUUUAUCAGUAUGAAGCUUGCCCCUUUUGUAAUAAGGUUAAAGCUUUCCUCGACUACUAUGAUAUACCAUACAAAAUCGUGGAAGUAAAUCCUCUCAGCAAGAAGGAAAUCAAAUGGUCAGAUUACAAGAAAGUUCCCAUACUAAUGGUUGAUGGUGAACAGAUGGUUGAUUCCUCAGCCAUUAUUGACAAGUUGUCUGAAAAGACUCGUCCUUCAGUUUCUGUCAAAUCAAGUCCAGAAGCUGAUGAAGAAGAGAAGAAAUGGCGUGGGUGGGUAGACAAUCACUUGGUGCAUAUCCUAUCACCCAAUAUAUACCGAAACACUUCGGAGGCCCUUGAGUCUUUCGACUACAUUACUAGUCAUGGCAACUUCAGCUAUACUGAGAAAAUAACAGCCAAGUAUGCUGGAGCUGUGGCGAUGUAUUUUGUAUCCAAGAGACUCAAGAAGAAAUACAAUAUUACCGAUGAGCGUGCAGCUCUUUAUGAAGCCGCAGAGACAUGGGUCGACGCACUUGAUGGCCGCGAUUUCUUAGGUUGAUUUUCUUGCCGUGUCACUUAUAUUGAAGCUGUUAAUAUCUGAAAGAGAGAUUCUGAUCACUUACACUUUUAACAGGCGGUACAAAACCCAACUUAGCUGACCUUGCUGUGUUUGGUGUCUUGAGGCCAAUUCGCUACCUGCAAUCUGGUAAGGACAUGGUAGAGCAUACACACAUUGGCGGUUGGUACUCAAGGAUGGAAAAUGCAGUUGGAGUUUCUUCUAGAAUUCAGGCAUAACGCCGUACAAGCCCUCAACUGCAAGCAGAUUCUUGCAGCAAUCAAUACUAGACGUUCCUAACUAUACCGGAAUAAUUAUUGUUGGUCUCACUGGAAUGAGGUUACAAUUUUGAUCAUUUUGAGAGUAAGAGUGUUACACAGUAAAUGUUUGUGGACUUGAGAUUUUACUAGGUAAAAUUCACAAUUAGCUUUGCUGGAGACAUCCUGGUGCAGGAAGAGCCAACGCUUUUCUUUAAGUAUCUGUAAUUCUAUUAGUUAUCUUUAGGGAUUCUUUUAGAUUUUACACAUUAUUUUGUUAUACUUUCCCCGGCAUGAAGAGACCAAUUUCGCCAUGUGUUACGAAUUUCUUACGCAAAACCCGAAACAAGAGAUCUUUCAUGCUUGAGCUUAUGUGCUUGAAAUGAAACACUUUUAACAAAAGGGAAAUAGAUGAAAAUGUUCACACGCCUUAUUUUUAGACAAUAAAAGCUCAAUAUAGAUGUUAUUCAUCAAACCCAAGAAUGAUGUUUAGCUUAUCACAAUCUUCC